UAGCUCUUACUACAUGUGACGUUUCAAAGAAGGCCUUGAACUACAAGAAUUUUGUGUGUUAGAUAAAUAUGCGUAGUUGACAUGUUUGCUACUAUGAGAGCUACCUUUGCUUUUCCUAGCACCUUAUUCGUUCAUUUUCACCCCUUGGCUUUAAUACUUUUCAACUUGAUAAAAUUUAUGUACUUGAUUUUUUUGUGGUAAAGGUGACAAGUAGUUGGCCAAUUUGGAAUUACUAUCCAGCGAAUUAGGUAGAACCCUAAACCCCCUGAAAAGAACUGAAGCGGUUAGAAAGAUUGUCAAUAAUGCGUGGUAAACAUAUAUUAUGGUCAUUACCAAUGUAUGCUAUAUAAUAGAUGUUCUAAUCUUACCAUUGUAUUAAAUUGCCCUUCCCUCACAAUGUCAUCUCCAUUUGUCUCCUCUUCUGUCCUCUCAUCAUCACCAUCCUCAGAUCUUCCUCUAUGUGAUAUCCCUGGAAGUUAUGGUCUGCCCUUCUUUGGAGCAAUUAAAGAUCGGUGGGACUUUUUUUACCUCCAAGGACGAGACCAAUUUUUCAGGUCUCGCAUGGAGAAUUACAAGUCCACAGUUUUUCGAGCAAACAUGCCUCCCGGUCCUUGGAUAUCCCCUGACCCACGCGUUAUUGUUCUUCUGGAUGCCAAAAGCUUUUUAGUUCUCUUUGAUAAUUCCAAGGUUGAAAAACGUGAUCUUUUUACUGGAACUUACAUGCCAUCCACCUCCUACACCGGGGGUUAUCGUGUAUGCCCCUAUUUGGACCCAAGUGAGCCUGAGCAUGGAUCUCUUAAGGCCCUGCUAUUCUCUUUCCUUGCCUCCAAGCAUGAGGAGUUCAUCCCUCUCUUUCAGAGCUGUAUGAAAGGCCUGUUCUCUGGUCUUGAGGAUCAGCUGAGAGACACAGGCCGGGCCGGGUUUGAGCAGCUCAAUGAUGUAAUAUCUCUUGAAUUUGUUUUCAAGCUGUUUUGUGAUGGCAAGAGCCCUUCAGACACCAAAUUAGAGUCCAAUGGGGCUAUUAUGCUCAAGAAGUGGCUACUUGGCCAAAUAGGACCUGUGGGUUCUUUGGGAUUGCCCAAGUUAUUAUAUCCAAUCGAUGAUUUCAUAAUGCAUUCUGUUGGAAUACCUUUUCUCUUGGUGAAAGGUGACUAUAGAAAGUUGUAUGAUUCAUUUUACUCCUCAGCAAUAUCAUUCUUAAACAAAGCAGAAAGUUUUGGUUUAAGUAGAGAGGAGGCAUGUCAUAACUUAGUUUUCAUUGCUGGAUUCAAUUCAUUCGGAGGGUUUACAACAUGGUUUCCGUCAAUGAUGAAAUGGGUUGCAUCAGCAGGGGAGAGCCUACAUCGCGAGCUAGCUAAGGAGAUCAGGACCAUUGUGAAGUCUGAGGGUGGGGUCACUCUGAAUGCCAUCAACAAGAUGGCAUUGACCAAGUCUGUGGUUUACGAGGGUCUAAGGAUUGACCCUCCUGUACCAUACCAGUACGGGCGGGCUAAGGAUGAUUUGGUGAUCCAAAGCCAUGACGCUUCAUUUAAGAUUAAGAAAGGGGAGAUGAUCUUUGGGUUCCAGCCGUUCGCUACAAAAGAUCCAAAGAUCUUUGACGAUCCUGAGAAGUUUGUAGCAAAUAGAUUCGUAGGGGAAGAAGGAGAAAGGCUGGCUAAGUACGUGUUAUGGUCGAAUGGAAAAGGGACUGAUAAUCCGAUGGUAGAUGAUAAGCAGUGUCCUGGUAAGAAUCUGGUGGAGCUUAUGUCUAAAGUGUUCCUGGUGGAAUUCUUCUUACAGUAUGAUACAUUUUCUGUUGAUGCCUCUAAAACCACCCUAACGUUCUUGUCCUUGAAGAAAGCCACCAGCACUUGAUGUUCAAGAAACAAUGAUGUCUUAUCAUCGUUUAUUUUGUUCAAUCUUCUUUUUUUUUUUUUUUUUUGUUUUUUUUUUUUUUUUUUAAUGUACUUUAUGUGAAGUUAUACAUGGAUAGUUUACUACCAUUUGUCUUAAAAAAAAUCUAUGAAUUUGCUAGCACAAGUAAUAAUUAUGAAAUAAAAUGGUGCUUUUUUCUGA